ACUCCCCUCUCCUCCCUCAAUGGGCUCCAUCCCUCUACUCUAUCUUCUCCUCAGUCUGCUUGUGGAAACAAACCUGCGCUGAAGAUCUCUGCCGGUCAUCACGCCGGUUCCCCUUACUUGGUUCUGCGGAGAGAAGUCAAGCGCUGUGACUUUGCCAUGAGCUUGUCUCAGACGUGAGGAGCUUCCACGCGUCCCGUGUGGUGUCUUCAACAACAUCUGAGGCUCCCGAAGGAGACGCGGCUCUGAACUCCUGGGGACAGACGGGUAAAAAGCAGAUCAGCACUCCUCCUCCUCAUCAUCCUCCUCCUUUUUGCUUCCACGAUGGGUUCAGAUGUGCGUGACCUGAACUCCCUGCUGCCCCCGGUCCCAGCGGGCCCCAGCCCCGGGUGCCCGGCCCUGCCCGUCAGCACGGCCCCCCAGUGGGCUCCUGUCUUGGACUUCCACACCGCCGCCUCUCCUUACUCCUCUCUCGGUGCUCCUCACACCUCCCUAGGGCCGCAUUCUUUCAUCAAGCAGGAGCCCAGCUGGGGGGCUGCGGGUGACCCCCACCACCAUGAUGCUGACCCCCACUGCGGCCUCAGCGCCUUCACUGUCCAUUUCUCAGGACAGUUCACGGGUACAGGGGCCUGCCGGUAUGGAGCGGCGUUUGGGGCUCCCCCACCGCCACCUCCGGCCGCCAGCCAGCCGCCGUCUGUGACUGGCCCCCACCACCACCAACCACCCGCCAGGAUGUUCAGCAGCACGCCGUACCUGAGCAACUGCAUGGACGUGCAGCCCAGCGGACGGAGCCAGACGGAAUCCUUCGUCCUUUGUGACAAAGGUUACGGCACAGUUGCGUUCGACGGAGCCAGUAAUUACAGUCACACUCCAACUCACCACAGCUCCCAGUUCUCCAACCACUCCUUCAAACACGAAGACGCUUUGACGCAACAAAGCACCAUGGGUGAGCAGCAGUAUCCCGUCCCUCCGCCCAUGUACGGAUGUCACACACCUUCAGACAGCUGCACAGGCAGCCAAGCUCUGCUGCUGAGGAACCCGUACAACAGCGGUGAAAAUUUAUAUCAAAUGACCUCUCAGUUGGAGUGUGUGGCUUGGAACCCUGUCACUUCACUGGCACCCACCAUGAAGAGUCAUGGUGCAGGUUACGAAAGUGACCCCAGCACACCGAUGGUGUACAGCUGCAGCACGCAGUACCGCAUCCACACACAUGGAGUCUUCAGGGGGAUACAGGAUGUGCGGCGGGUACCCAGCAUCGCUCCAGCAAUAGUGCGUUCAGAGAACAGUGAGAAGCGUCCGUUCAUGUGUCCAUACCCAGGAUGCAACAAACGCUACUUCAAGCUGUCUCAUCUGCAGACGCACAGUCGCAAACAUACAGGUGAGAAACCAUACCAGUGUGAGUUCACCGACUGUGGGCGGGGCUUUUCUCGCUCUGAUCAACUCAAGCGACACCAGCGGAGGCACACAGGAGUUAAACCGUUCCAAUGCGAGACGUGUCAGAGAAAGUUCUCUCGGUCUGACCACCUUAAGACACACACCCGGACUCAUACAGGUAAAACAAGUGAGAAACCGUUUAACUGCCGGUGGCCCAACUGUCAGAAGAAGUUUGCCCGGAGCGACGAGUUGGUGCGACACCACAACAUGCACCAGAGGAACCUCAGCAAGCUGCAGCUGGCCAUCUAAGUCUGAGCCGCCGAAACCCGGGUCACUUUUACUGAGUGUAAAUAUCACCGUCAUGUCUGCUUCGAUUUGUCGGAUCGUUCCAGACUGGAACAAAAUCCUCCGCUGUGCAAAAACAUUAUCAGCGCCACAAACAUUAUGGAAAUGUGCUUCCAACCAAA